AAUGGAAUCAUAUGCUGUGUGACCUUUUGAGACCGGCUUCUGUCACCCAGCACAAUGCUUUUGAGACUCAUCCAUCUUGUAUGGGAAGUCUGGACCUAAAGCCAACAAAUCAACAGUAGAGCAGCAGAAUAUUUUCAAAGAAGGUUCGUUCCAAAGGAUAAAGAUGGAAGCACUUAAAAAGAGAAAGUCUAUUUUGGGAGAAACCUGGAAAUCUAGAGGCCAGUUUAAGAAUCAGCACCUAAACCAGGAGAAUUAUCUGGGACAAGAUAUAGUCACCUGCAUGGAAAUUCCUGCCAAAGAAAGAAAUAUAGAAUCUAAUGAAUUUGGAAAAGGUUUCAGUGUAAGAUCCAUAGUUGUUUCAGAACAGAGUGAUCCUAUAGAAGAGUGUUGUCAUGAAUAUGGUACACAUGGAAAAAUCUUCAAACAAAACUCAGAUUUAAUUAUACAAAGGAAGUGUGAUGGAAAGAAACUUUGUAAAUGUAGUGAAUGUGGGAGAACCUUCAGAGACCACACUACUCUUGUUCAACAUCAAAGUUGUCAUACUGGAGAGCGACCCUAUAAAUGUAAUGAAUGUGGAAAGGGCUUUAACCAGAGUUCCCACUUAACAAACCAUCAGAAGACUCAUACAGGAGAAAAGUCCUACAAAUGCAAUGAAUGUGGGAAGGCCUUCAGUUAUUGCUCAGUUCUUAUUCAACAUCAGAGAAUUCAUAGUGGGGAGAGACCUUAUGAGUGUACUGAAUGUGGCAAGACAUUCAGUCGGAGUACAUACCUUACUCAGCAUCAAAGAAUUCACACUGGUGAGAAACCCUAUAAAUGUCUUGAAUGUGGAAAGGCUUUUAGUCAGAGCACACAUCUUACUCUACAUCAGAGAAUUCAUACUGGAGAGAAACCUUAUGAAUGCAACGAAUGUGGCAAAACCUUUAGUCAGAGUGCACAUCUUACUCAACAUCAAAGAAUUCAUACAGGAGAAAAGCCCUAUGAAUGUAAUGAAUGUGGGAAAGCCUUCAGUGAUCACUCAGCUCUUAUUCGACAUCAUAUUUUCCAUACUGCGGAGAAACCUUACGAAUGUAAUGACUGUGGGAAAGCUUUCAGUUACUGUUCAGACCUCAUUCAACAUCAGAGGAUGCAUACUGGAGAGAAACCAUACAAAUGCAAUGAAUGUGGGAAUGCCUUUAGUGAUUGUUCAGCCCUUAUUCAGCAUCAAAGAACUCAUACUGGAGAGAAGCCCUAUGAGUGUAAUGAAUGUGGGAAAGCCUUUGGCAACUACUCAGCUCUUAUUCGACAUCAAAGAGUUCAUACUGGAGAGAAACCCUAUGGAUGUAAGGAAUGUGGAAAAGCCUUCAGCAGAAGUACUUACCUUACUCAACAUCAGAGAAGUCAUACAGGAGAGAAACCAUAUAAAUGUAAUGAAUGUGAGAAAAGUUUCACCCAGAGUUCAUUCCUUACUCAGCACAUGAGAGUUCAUACUGGAGAAAAACCCUACAAAUGUAGUGAAUGUGGGAAAGCUUUUAGUGACCGCUCAGGGCAUGUUCAGCAUCAGAGAACUCACUCUGGAGAGAAGCCCUAUGAAUGCAAUGAUUGUGGGAGAGCCUUCAGUUUUUGUUCAGCUCUUAUUCAGCAUAAGAGAAUUCAUACUGGAGAGAAGCCUUAUAAAUGCAAUGACUGUGGAAAAGCCUUCAGUGACCGGUCAGCACUUAUUCAACAUCAGAGAACUCACACUGGAGAAAAGCCCUAUAAAUGUAAUGUAUGUGGAAAAGCCUUCAGUCAGAGUACAAACCUCACAAAUCACCAGAAAACUCAUACUAGUGAAAAGUCCUAUAAAUGUAAUGAAUGUGGAAAAGCUUUUAGUUACUGCUCAGGCCUUAUUCAACAUCAGGUCAUUCAUACUGGAGAGAAACCUUUUGAAUGCAAUAAAUGUGGCAAAGCCUUCAGCCGGAGGACAGACCUUAAAAAACAUCAGAAAACUCAUACUGAGGAGAAACUCUACAAAUGUAAUGAAUGUGGGAAAGCCUUUAGCCAGAGCACAUAUCUUACAAAACACCAGAAAAUUCAUAGUGGAGAGAAAGCAAAUAGGCAUACUGAAUGUAGGAAAACCUUUAGACAAAACUCUUCUGUUCAACAUGAAAAACCUCACACUGGAAAGAAAUCCUCUGAAUACCUUGGAAGUUUGGCUAGUAUGGAGACCCUUCCCAGGGAAACAGAAGGAGGAUCUUGAAAACUGUCAGCUACCUAGAGUGGCCACAUGGUUUAGUGGAAAGAGCACAUUUCUGAGUUUUAGAAGUCCUGGAUUCUAAUCUCAGCUCACUUACUAACUAGGUCUG